CUCAGGUGCUCAUGCAGCUGCCUUCCAACCUUCUUUCAAGAACAGCAGCAGCUGCAAGAGGCUCCCUGUCAUACCCAGUAAGACAGAAUAUACUGCUGUACUUCUCUCCCAGGAAAAAGAUGAACAGUUAUACCAGUCUGCUAGUGCUGAUCUUACGGAAUGUCCUGAGUGAAACAGCACAAGAGAAGCCACCACAGGGUUUUAGGUAUGCUUCAUAUGAGGUUACCAUUCCAAGAAAAGUAAUGCCCAGAUAUGGAGAAAAAGAAUAUCUAGAUACCACCUAUUUUUUGCAAAUAGAAGGGAAGGGUCACAUCGUGCGUCUCAGGAAGAAGAGUUUUUUUCCUAAAAACAUUCCUGUCUUUACCUACACUAAAAAGGGGCACCUUCAGGUAGACUAUCCAUUUAUUAGGAGUGACUGUUUUUACCAGGGAUUUGUGGAGGGAAAGCCCUCCUCUCUGGUCACCCUCAACAUUUGUUUAGGGGGUCUUAGGGGUCUUUUGAGAUUAGAAAAUAAGACUUAUGAAAUUGAACCUAUCCAAGCAUCUCCUACCUUUCAACAUGUGGUGUAUCAAUUGGAAGAAGAAGAAGGUGACAUCCCUAUGAAGUGUGGGCUAACGGAGGAAAUGCAAAAUUAUCAAAAAGCCAUGAUUCAGAAUGCAUGGAAUCGAGAGGCAAAAAGUACUCCUGAAAAAGACUGGUGGACACACACAAGGUAUGUGAAAGUUUCAGUCGUGGUGGAACAUGAACGAUAUGUGAAGUUCAACAGAAACAAAACUCUAACUGCUAUACAAGUUCUGAAUAUCAUCCACACCGCAAAUUCAUUCUAUGAGCCGCUUUCUGUUCAAAUAUCUUUGGCUGGACUGGAGAUCUGGUCAGAAGUGAAUCUCAUAGAUAUUACCAACAACAUAAUGGAAACACUUGGUUCUUUCAAUAGAUGGAGGGCAAAGACAUUAAAUAAACGUCUGGCGAGCGAUGUUGGCCACUUGUUUGCAUAUAAAUCUUAUGGAACUACACUGGGAUUAGCAGGUAUAGGAACAGUUUGUAACUUGGAUUAUGGAGGUGCUGUUGUAUCUUAUAUGACUUCCAGUUUGUUCUUCAUUUCUAACACUUUUGCUCAUGAAUUAGGACAUAAUCUUGGCAUGUUUCAUGAUGGUCAGUAUUGUACCUGUGAUCGAUAUGCCUGCGUGAUGGCUGCAUUUCAAGCAAACACUGAUAAAUUUAGCAAUUGCAGUUAUAGAGAUUAUUUCAAACUAAGGAACUCUCAUUGCUUGUUAAUUCCACCAAACCCGAAGAAAAUGUAUAAGGUAAAAUACUGUGGCAACAAAAUAGUGGAGAAUGGAGAGCAAUGUGACUGUGGGUCAGAAUCCCAGUGCAAGUUGGAUCCAUGUUGCCAGUCUGAUUGUAAGUUACGUUCUGGUGCCACCUGUGCUUUUGGCCAAUGCUGCUCCAAGUGUCAAUAUCUUCCAGCUCACUCCAUUUGCAGAGAAAACAUUAGCAUCUGUGAUCUUCCAGAGUAUUGCAAUGGGUCUUCAGAGAGAUGUCCUGAAGAUGUUCAUGUUCAAGAUGGUGCCCCAUGCAAUGAUGGUGCACAUUGCUAUCAUGGGAACUGUACUACUCACAACAGCCAGUGCAAAAUGAUAUUUGGCCCCAAAGCCACCACCGCUUCAGAAGAUUGCUUCAGAGAGAUGAAUGCUCAAGGUGAUCGCUUUGGUAACUGUGGCCUCGAAUAUGGAAUUUACAAGAAAUGCCAUGCUCAGAAUAUCCUGUGCGGCCGGCUCCAGUGUGAACAUAUUGAUAAUUUGCCCUCUUUAGAGGAGCACAGUACUAUAGUUCAGUCACAGAUUGGCAGUAGUCAAUGCUGGGGUACAGACUAUCAUAGCGGAGUAGAGAUACCUGAUAUUGGAGCAGUGAUCGAUGGCACUCCUUGUGGAAAAGACAGGAUGUGUAUUAAUGGAGAGUGUGUGAAUGUAUCCUUUUUGAAGUAUGACUGUAAUCUCACAAAGUGCUCUAAUCGGGGAAUAUGCAACACCCACAAACAUUGCCAUUGUGACUGUGGGUGGGCCCCUCCUGACUGUUUCGACAAAGGGUAUGGUGGCAGCAUUGACAGUGGACCCCCUCCACCACGGAAAUGUGAUAUGAAUGUUGCCAACACAGAAAGAUAUGCCAAAAUAGCAAUCGGAUCGGUCCUUUCUGCUGCUGCUGCUUUUGGUGUUGGCCUGGCUUUAUUUUCCAGGAAGAAACUGACUAGAAGACUGCAGGAAACAUUUCAUCCAGCAGAGGCUCAAAAGGAAGGAAGUGCCCAGGAGGCCACAGAUCUGAACAAUGUACAGAUGUGAACAGUCAGUGCACAAAAUAUGCGUGCAGGAAAUAAUGGAGUAUAUCAUGCAAACAUGCAUUUGGGUGUGCAAAAUUAGAAUAUUGUCUUUGAAGCUAUUUUUUAAAUGACAUUUAAGGUAAAGGUUUAUGAAGAACUAGAUUCAUGAACAGAGAAGAAACAUUCUACUGUAUGCUGCCUCCUACAGCUUACACAGUUAUAUUUUCCUGUUCUCCGUUAGGGGAAGGUAAAAGUGUUCUUAAAUGGUGGAAUACACACUCAGACAAAAGGCCUGGUUUCCAUAAAAAAACUGUUGGGUUGUUUUGUAACUCAUGUCCCAUCCACAAGUUAUGAAGGCUAGAGCAACUAUAACUCUGAUAUGAAUGAGAAGAUCUGCUAUAGCUGUUCUUCUGGGCUACCCUAAUCACUCCGUGGCAAAAAGGCAAUAGGAACAAACAGAUUAGAUUCAUAAUGACAAAAUGCACAAUAAACUGUAAAUGUAUGAAUUCUGAUUUUAAAAUUCAAAAGACAGGGUCGAAACACUGGAAGUACAAAUACUAAAAUACUGCACAUGUGGAACACAUGAAAUCUCUAACCCUAUUGAAAUUACAGUAUGAUUAGGAUGAGCUAAAUUACUCAAAGCUCAUCAUUAGCAUUUA